AAAUUUGAUGGAUCCACAAAAUCUAUGCCAACUUUUAGUGCCAAUUUAAAAAAAAUUAAUUUUACAGUCAGAAUGGAGAUUUCAGCCCGAAGUGCUUUGCAAAUGAAGAUGGGUUUUAUUUUUCCUAGGCCAUAUACAAAAGCAUCCCUUCCCAAAAUGAGGUCCGUUUUGGGGGGCAUUUUGGUUUUUUGGUCCCUUUUCAAAUAAGAAUUCUUGAUGACCAUUGAUUUGCUAGCGCCGUGAUAUGUCCUACUCAGCAUUCAGACCCUCAGUUCUCCACAAUUAUCUGCACUAUCCCUACUCUGGUUUUGCUAAAGAGGUAAAGAACCUAUGCAUAUCAGGCAGAUUAAAAGAAGCAAUACAAAAGUUAUGGAGGAAAGGUCCAUUAAUGGUGAGCUCUGAUUCCUAUGCCUCUCUUUUACAGGAAUGCAUCAAUCUAAAAGCUUUUAAACUUGGCCGAAUGGUCCAUGCUCACAUGGUGGUUAAUGGGUUCUCUCCUGAUCAAUAUCUAAGAACCAAAUUGGUUAUUCUCUAUACUAAAAAUCGUGAUUUACGAACUGCACACCAGUUGUUUAUUAGAAUGGAAGAGAGAAGUUUAGUUUCAUGGAAUUCUAUGAUUUCGGGUUAUGUUCAAAUCAGUCGAUUCGAAAAGGCUCUAGAGCUCUUUUUUAAUAUGCAAUUGAGCAGUUUGGUACCUGAUCAGUUCACUUUUGCUCCUGUCUUUCGAGCUUGUGCUCAAUUGGCCAUGCUUGAACAAGGUAGAAGAAUCCAUGCAAUUUCUAUUAAGAGAGAGACUAAGGACAACUUGGUCAUUGCUACUGCACUCAUUGACAUGUAUUGCAAGUGUAGUAGCUACGAGGAUGCGCGUUUGGUCUUCGAUAGGAUGCAUGAGAGGAAUGUAAUUACGUGGACUGCCCUUAUAGUGGGUUAUGGCCAACAUGGGCGAGGGGGAGAAGUUUUCAAGCUCUUUAGAGAGAUGGUAGAUGCUGGUUUUAAGCCCAAUUAUAUUACGUUCUUGGCUAUUCUAUGUGCUUGUAGCCAUCGUGGGUUGGUCAAUGAAGGUUUAGAAUAUUUUGAUUUAAUGGUUCAACAUUAUAAGAUUAGGCCUAGAGCUGAACAUUGUUCAGCCAUUGUUGACCUUUUGGGGCGAGCAGGUAGGGUAAAUGAGGCCUUUGAAUUUGCAGAGAGGUUGGCUUUCUUGGAUCACUCUGUUAUUUGGGGUGCUUUGCUUAAUGCUUGUCUGUGGAGAGAUGUUUCAGUUGUAAGAGAAAUGAUGAGAAUUAAUAGAGUGAAAAAGGAAAGUGUGGCGGUCAUAAAAUCUGACAAAGAUAACCGAUACGGAUUGAAUUCUAUAGUUACCCAUGAUGGUGAGAAAAUGUCUUGCUGGGCUAUGGCUGAUCUCUUAACUUUCAAAACAAAGUUGGGGUUUGAUGCGUACAGUAAGUUGGAUGUAAUAGGGAUUGAUGAAGCUCAAUUCUUUGGGGACCUUUAUGAUUUUUGUCGGAUGGCAGCUGACUAUGAUGGCAAGACUCUAAUUGUUGCGGGUCUAGAUGGCGAUUACUUGAGGAAGAGCUUUGGAUCCAUGCUUGAUAUCAUCCCUUUAGCUGAUUCUGUUACUAAAUUAACAGCCAGCUGUGAGCUCUGUGGAAAGAAGGCCUUUUUCACGCUACGAAAGACUGGAGAUACACAAAAGGAGCUAAUUGGUGGAGCCGAUAUCUAUAUGCCAGUUUGUAGGCAGCAUUAUGUCAGUGGCCAAGUUGUUAUUGAAGCUGCUAGAAAUGUCCUGGAAUCUCAACAGAUUCAAGAGGAUGUUUAUCUAGAGGCAGCUCCACUAUCAAGUCAACUUGUUCCCUCUUGACUCCAAGUUCCUUGAUUCCUUCCAAUAUAUGGGUUGAAUCUUGUUUUAUCGUCUUGGUGUUUAUAAUUUGGUGAUCAAUAUUGUUUUCCUGUUUUGCUUAUUUAGUUUUGUGUGCCUUCAAUGUACAUAAAGUGGGCCUGUUAAAUCCUCAUUUUAUGCUCAAGACUUUGAAUUCAAAUCUGUAGCUCUUUUCUGCUUUAAAUGAGUGUAACUGUGUUGUAACUUAUUGGUAGCUAAAGCUGUUGUGGGAAAUUUACUCUGUAUCUGUAUGGCAACUCUGGCCAAUUGGGCUUUUUUACUUAAUUGUCCGGUCGAUAGUAUUGAGUUGUUGUGCA